AGGAAAAUUUUUUUGGAGAAAAGGGUCAACUCCUUCAUCAUCUUCACAUGGUCUCCAUUCACAAGGACCCCACUUUCUCUCUCAUCAUCCUCCAUUGAAACAACAAUCCAAACAAAUACACUUCAAUUUUCUUCUUUUCUAUUCUUUUGGGUUUUAGUUUUCUUUAACGAAAUAAUUAUUAAUAAUCGACCAUUUGGCUUUUGCCAACAGAAAAGAUCACUUUUUUAUUUUUCAUUCAUACAUAUUAUUACAGUCACCAAAGAAUCUAACACCCCCUUACUCUUUACGCGCUUUCGAUUCAAUCCCAUCUGGGAUUUGGAGGAAGGAGAUGAUUUGAGAAAAGGGUUUUGUUUAUUAGCAUUAAUGGAGGUGAAAACACAGAGAAAUUAAAGAUUUUGAUUGAAUUUGGAGUUCCAGAGAUGAUGGAGUCUAAUAAUAGUAAUAAUAAUAAUAAUAAGUCUUUGCGUUUCAUAAACCAUCAACUGUUCUUCUCAGCCGUUCAAUCAGGUGAUAUUGAAACUCUUAAAGAGUUAGUUGAUAAGCUUACUCAUGAGGAAUCUUCUGAUCAGUCAUCUGUAUCUGAUCUGAUGGCUAUUCAGAAUGAUUCAGGUGAGACUGCCCUAUAUGUUGCUGCAGAUAAGAAUAUGGAGGAUUUGUUUGGGUUCUUGCUUAGGCACUGUGAUGUUCAGACUGUGAAAAUCAGGUCUAAGUCUGAUAUGAAUGCCUUUCAUGUUGCUGCUAAGCGUGGCCACUUAGGUAUAGUGAAGAUGCUUGUAGGAAUUUGGCCAGAGCUUUGUAAAUGUUGUGAUGCAAGAAACACAAGCCCCCUUUAUUCAGCUGCCUCUCAAGACCAUUUAGAAAUAGUCAAUGCAAUCCUUGAUGCUGAUGUUAGCUCAAUGAUGAUAGUGAGAAAAAAUGGCAAAACAGCAUUGCAUAACACAGCUAGAUAUGGCCAACUUCGUAUUGUAAAGGCGCUUAUAGACCGCGAUCCAGAAAUAGUUCGUAUCAAAGAUAAGAAGGGUCAAACUGCUCUUCAUAUGGCAGUGAAAGGUGAUUGUCCUUUGGUUGUGGAGGAGUUACUGCUUGCUGAUCACUCUAUACUUAACGAUCGUGACAAGAAGGGUAACACCGCUCUGCAUUUAGCUACAAGGAAGUGUCGUUCGCAGGUUCAGAUAGUCAACGUUUUGCUCACCUAUCCAUCUGUUGAUGUCAAUGCCAUAAAUAAUAAUCAAGAGACUGCAUUGGAUUUGGCUGAUAACUUACCAUAUGGAGAAUCUUCACACGAAAUUAAGGAAGCUCUAGCCGAAGCUGGUGCCAAGAAUGCCCGAUUUGUUGGCCAAAUGGAUGAAGCUAUGGAACUCAAGAGAACUGUAAGUGACAUUAAGCAUGAGGUUCAAUCACAACUCAAACAUAACGAAAGAACACAACGACGAGUUUCUGGUAUUGCAAAAGAACUAAAAAAGCUACACCGAGAAGCUGUUCAAAACACUACGAAUUCUGUGACUGUUGUUGCUGUUCUUUUUGCAUCCAUAGCCUUCUUGGCGAUAUUCAACUUGCCUGGUCAAUAUCUAAUGGAAGGAAAGGAUGUUGGAAAGGCUAACAUUGCUGAUCAUGUUGGUUUCCAUGUAUUCUACCUUUUGAAUGCCAUAUCUCUCUUCAUUUCUCUAUCGGUUGUUGUGGUUCAGAUAACUUUAGUGGCUUGGGAUACAAGGGCACAGAAGCAGGUUGUAUCGGUUGUAAACAAAAUGAUGUGGGCGGCCUGUGCUUGCACUUGUGGGGCUUUUCUUUCCAUAGCUUACGAGGUGGUCGGGAAAGGAGAUUCAUGGAUGGCGAUUGUCAUAACCGUUGUGGGAACACCGAUUCUUAUUGGUACACUUGCAUUCAUGUGUUACUUUGUUUUCAGGCAACAUUGUGGCUUCCACCGCGACUCUCAAAGGCGCAUCAGAAGAGCAAGUGGAAGCAAGUCCUUCUCGUGGUCAGCUUACUCUGCAAAUAUAUCAGAUCCUGAGGACUAUAAUUCUGACCUUGAGAAAAUCUAUGCUUUGUGAACUUUACUAGAUGUUUUUCAUUCAUAUUCUUAUUGAAUGGUGAUCUGUAAAAUAGUAAAAUGGAAACUAGAGUUCAGAUGUAGGUGUUGCCAUCAAAAUGUUGAGAUUAUACCCAAGUGAAAAAGUAAUCGGAUUUUGGUUGUGUAACUUACAAAAGAUAAAAGAAAGGGUUAUGUAGAUUCAUGUAUAUUCAAUGCAAUAAUAUAACUACUAGCAUUUAUUUUA